UCUGCCAUUAUGUGCCAUUGUAAAAUGGAUCUGGUUAUGGGGUGCUGAUAAAACACAGUUUUUCUUCUUAAUUUAUAUAGAAAAUUCACAAAAUUAGUCUUCAAAAUGAGCGUCUUUAAGUCAGCUAUGGGCUAUUUUAGCUCAGGAGGCGCAAACGGUGGUAGUGAUAAUGAUUUUGUUGGCCAAUUUGUUGAAAUUGGGAAUAUGAAAUUGAGAGUUAAAAAGGUGAUAGCAGAAGGUGGCUUUGCUUUUGUGUUUGUUGCUCAAGAUGUGUCCAGUGGCACCGAGUAUGCCUUGAAAAGGCUCAUGGCAGCGGACGAGCAAGCAAACAAAAAUAUUAUUCAAGAAAUUAGCAUAUUAAAAAAAUUGUCAGGGCACCCAAACAUAAUUAAAUACAUAGCAGCAUCUUUUAUUGAUAAGGCGAAAACAUCACAUGGCAUGGGAGAGUAUCUGUUGUUGACGGACUUGUGCAGUGGUGGAAGCCUGAUGGAGGCCCUCCAGAACCGAGGGCAGGCCUUCCCCCUCCCUACCAUACUUAGGGUGUUCUACCAAACAUGCCGGGCAGUGCAACACAUGCACGCACAAGUGCCACCUAUUGCUCAUCGUGAUCUCAAAUUAGAAAACUUUUUAAUAUCAAAUGAAGGUACAAUAAAGCUAUGUGAUUUUGGUUCAGCUACAACUGACAUAUAUUCACCAAAUCCAUCUUGGAGUGCAAAUCAACGAAAUAUGUUAGAAGAAACUUUGGCCCAAUUUACCACCCCUAUGUACAGAGCACCAGAAAUGCUAGAUACAUGGGACAACCGCAAAAUAGACCACAGUGUAGAUGUGUGGGCACUAGGAUGCAUCCUCUACACACUGUGCUAUAUGCAACAUCCAUUUGAAGAUUCUGCUAAACUGGCAAUUUUGAAUGGAAACUACAAUUUAAACCCCAAUGAUCAACGCUAUAAAUGUUUUCAUGAAAUUAUAAGUGGUUGCCUAACAGUUAACCCUGAAGAGCGCCUGUCGAUAAGUAGUGUGCUGGAACGAUUGGCGGCCAUAGCAGAGUCCAAUAAUGUCAAUCUCAAGCAACCACUCAAAUUUGAGCGUAAAAAAGUUGAACAAUCUGUGGCCACUAGCUCGCCAGCCGGCAAAGAUCCUGUGGCAAAUAGCCAAGAUGUGCCGAACUCCCGGCCGCCAGAGCCAAGCCCCCCGCCGCCCGCUCGCCCGCCCGCAGCCCCGCACUACCAGCCACCACUGCCGCCUCUGCCGGCUACUGGGGGGCUAUUCUCAUCUAUUAAGGGAGGCGCUGGUAGCUUUCUGAAGAAUUUGAAGGAUACCUCCUCGAAGGUCAUGCAGACUGUGCAGCAAUCCAUAGCUAGAACUGAUUUGGAUAUUAGCUACAUAACUAGUCGCAUAAUUGUUAUGCCUUAUCCAUCCGAGGGCCUAGAAAGCGCAUACAAGACUAACCACAUUGAUGAUGUCAGGGUAAGCCGUUUCAAAUUAAAUCAUUCCCAUUGA